AUGGUUAAAGGAUUAAAGAAGAACUCACUAAAAAAGCCUUUACUGGAUUCUUUAAAUGGGUCUUUUACUAUACCGUAUGAAACGCGAAAACAGCUACGCCUGCCAAACAUAUUACACCUGAAAACAAAGCACUGGUCAAAUAUCCAUCAUGUUAUUGCCGAUUUUUUUGACAACGCAAACAAUUGGGAUUCACAUCCAAACUCUUUUUAUACUAUAUUAUUAAACACCCUUCAAAAAAUUAGUCUCUCCAAAGAAUGUCCCCCUGCUCUUACUUCAUAUGCUCAAGCUACUCUUGAAAGAUACAACAACUCCGCCAUCAAAAAAGACUUUUUUAAUGACUAUAUUAAGCAAGAAAGACUGGCAACUUUGAAAAAAGAAGAAGAAUAUGCAAUACAAGAGGGAAAAAUUACAGGAGCCAUACUAUCAGGACAGGGUGCAAAAAGCUUUAGAAAAAAAGUGAAUGAUAUAUUCCAAGAUAAUUUUGAAGUGGAUCAAGAGCGAUUUCAAGAUGAGGAAGACACGCAAGACGAAGAAGAAGGCAGUAAUGAUAAUAUAUGUGAAUUCUUAAAGAAUUUUCAAAGCAAGUACAGAUUAAUGCGAAACGAAGAAAAAUGGGAACUAUCGGACGGGGUUUAUGUAGAGGAUGUAUUGUACAAAUUUGGGAUGCGUUGUUCGUUUGAACAUCUUUGCCACUCAUGGAUUAUUGAUCCGGACGACAAGACCUAUAGCAAAUACAAAGUCUUUUCCCCUCAACAGUUGGAGGAAAUUAAGAGCCGCAAUCCAGUAGAGAUACCGGAAAUAAGGGAUGAACUUGCGGCGUAUCUAGGCCAGUUUGAUAAAAUACAAUCAACAAUUGACUUGAGAAAGUUACUGGUAACGAGGGAAUUUUAUGAAAAUUAUGACAAUGAAAAGCAUGCAGACAUGGAUUGGAUAUGCAGAACGCUAGAUAACCUUUUACCAUUAUACGAAAAGAAGAACACAUUCAAGAAAUCAAACAAUGAAAGAUGGUAUCAGAACAGAAUUUGGACAAUGAUCGAUACCUUACUCGAAACAAUAGAAGGCAUUAGUGUUGUUCGGGGGGAAGCAUGCUCUGCUUCAAGUAGCAAAAGGAAGAACCAAGAACGUUUGCCGGCAUCGGUGGAGAAACUCGAGAACAAGAAGAUGGGUCGUCGACAAGACCUGAUUAUUACAAACAACGAGAUUAUUGAAAUGGGUGUCGGGGAAGAAAAAUCUGCUGACAAUAACACGAACAUGAUCCUGGAAAGAGGGUUGAAAUGUCCAAAGGCUAUGAAAGAUACCUUACUGCAACUAUAUGAAGUAAUCAAAUACAACAAAGAUUUGAUAAGUUCCCUGAACGUUGUUGGUCUUACAACCUUUGGACUUGAGCUAUACAUUGACAUCAUGGACAAUCCUGUCAACUAUACCUGCCGAAUAACCAGAUCUGAAAAACUCACCAUCCCUCAUAAUAUUGAAGAGCUACCUGAAAAGACUUUGCCAUUAUUGUCUGCAUUGUUAAGUUUGAGAUUACUUGUAUCGAAGAAUUCGUUGUUGUUGAAAACACGCCAAGAUACUAAGCAAGAGUUGAAGUCAUCCUUGAAGAGAGCAUUUAGUAAUGCUGAAGACAGGAAUAUCAUAUCAAAAAUUAGCUGUGCAUUAACACCUGAAGAGCAAGGUCGCUUUAAAUCACCUGGAAAAAAGGCGAAAAGAAAUAUAUCUUGA